UGGAGCACGUACCCCUCGACGAUCAAUCCUCCACUCCACGAAGCAAUCUAGCUAGCACUCCAGGCAUCUAGCCAUGGCAAACCCAUACACCUUCCUCAGACCUCACAUCGAUCCUUUCUUCCUCCCCUUCCAAAGAAGCUUAAUAGCCCCUCCAUCGUCCUCUCCCACAAAACGAGCACUCCCACUCCUCAGCCUCUUACCUUCAUCAAGCUAUGAUCACAGCAAGAUCCUUGGGUAUGCUGGUGAUCAUAAUCAACACAAGAAGGAAGAUGAGGACGUGAGCAUCUCGCUCCAAAUUGGCCCGCCGACUGCAAAUAGCGCUCUUAAUUAUGAUGGUGAUGCGGCCGCAACAUCACAAGAUGACGAGUUAUGUGGUGGUGGUGAUCACAAGGUGGACAAGGAGGAAGAAGAAGACAACGACGACGAUGUUGCCAGUGACGAUCUCUGCUUGGAGUUUGCCGUUGGAAAGCUGACCAAGGGCAAGUAUUGGAUUCCAACCCCAGCUCAGAUCCUCAUUGGGCCCACACACUUCGUCUGCCCGGUGUGCUGCAAGACCUUCAGCAGAUACAACAACCUGCAGAUGCACAUGUGGGGGCACGGGUCGCAGUACCGCCGCGGGCCGGACUCCCUCCGGGGCACGCAGCCGGCGGCGAUGCUCCGGCUGCCGUGCUUCUGCUGCGCUCCCGGGUGCCGGAGCCACGUGGACCACCCGCGGGCGCGGCCGCUCAAGGACUUCCGGACGUUGCAGACGCACUACAAGCGCAGGCACUGCUCCAAGCCCUUCCUCUGCCGCAAGUGCGGCAAGGCCCUCGCCGUCCGCGGCGACUGGCGCACGCACGAGAAGAACUGCGGCCGCCGGUGGCACUGCGCCUGCGGCUCCGACUUCAAGCACAAGCGCUCGCUCAAGGAUCACAUCCGGGCCUUCGGACAGGACCAUGUAGAGCGGCCGCCACCCGCCGCCAAGAUGUGACAGACGAUCCGUCGGCGACAUGGACGGCCGCCAGCCGGCCGGAUAACUUGAUUACCUGUGCAAUAUUAGGGGAUGUUUAUGUUUCUGGAAAUGCAUGUUGUUCUCGUUCCAACGCUAUAUUUGCUGCUAGCUGAAUUUAUUUUGUUCUUGCUGUUUCAA